GGGGGUCAGGAAGGUGCAGGGGGGCAGGUAGAGAUCUUCUCCCUCAACCGUGCCGUGCCACGGACGGUGAAGUCCUUCCCGGUGGCUUCGCCGGUGCUGUGCAUGGAGUACAUCCCUGAGGUGGGUGAGGAAGAACCAAGAGGCACCCAGGAACCCCAACCCAUCACCGAACAGCUCCCCACAUCCCCGCAUCCCACCGUGUGCUUGGGGUUGCGGGAUGGCAGCAUCGUGGUCUACAGCAGCGUGGACACAGGGACUCAGUGUUUGUUGACCUGUAAAAGCCCAGGCUUGCAACCUGUCCUCUGCUUGAAGCACAGCACCGAGUACCUGUUUGCAGGGUUGCAGGAUGGGACCGUGGCUGCCUACACCCGGAGCAACGGGAAGCUGUGGGACCCAACAGAGCAGCCCACCCGCCUGACUGUGGGUACUGGUCCAGUCCAAGUCCUCCUGACCCUGGAUGAGACCCUCUGGGCCAGCUGUGCCAACAAGGUCACUGUCCUCGAUGCCACCAGCCUCCGUGCCCAGCAAACCUUCGAGGCCCACCCAGACACUGAGGCCAGCGUCACACACAUGAUCAAGGCGGGCAGCGGGGUCUGGAUGGCCUUUUCCUCAGGCUCCUCCAUCCGCCUCUUCCACACCGAGACACUGGAGCAUCUGCAGGAGAUCAACAUCGCCACCAAGACCACCUUUGUCUUGCCAGGUCAAAAACACGUCCGUGUCACCAGCCUCCUCAUCUGCCAAGGUUCGCUCUGGGUGGGCACUGACCAAGGCAUCAUCGUGCUGCUGCCUGUGCCCCGUUUGGAGGGUAUCCCCAAAAUCACUGGAAAAGGCAUGGUGUCCCUCAACGGGCACGCUGGCCCCGUAGAGUUUUUGGCGGUGGCGUUGAGCACCCUGGCACCUGAUGUGCUAAAGGGUGACCAAGAGGAGGAAGAAGAGGCUGAGGAAGAGAAACCACCUGAACUGGAUGGUCCCCCACCUCGGGAAAUAAGAAAAAAAGGGAUUUUAUUACAAUAUCGCCUUCGAUCCACGUCCCAUCUCCCCGGGCAGCUGCUGUCGGUACGGGAAGCGCCGGUUGGCGGCACGCCGGCGCACACCGAGGAGGAUGGUUCCAUCUACGAGAUGGCUGAUGACCCUGACAUCUGGGUACGGAGUCGCCCUUGUACCCGUGACACCCCACGCAAGGAGAUCUCCUCGGUGGCCAUCGUUUCGGGUGGUCGGGGUUAUCGUAACUUCAACUCGGAAUCGACGCGGCGGGGCAGCGAUGCCGACAGCACCUUGCUUAUCUGGCAGGUCCCACUGAUGCUAUAG